GUUCCACUCGGCACUUAUCUGUGCAUAUGCGCACGUGCUUUCAAAAUCGGUCCGACGUUCAGUUAACGUUGAAGUGUGGUUGCUACUAGCUAGCUAUUCUUCCUGUCUGCACAGAAAGAAACUCCUGUCCUCCGUGAAGCACGCGCCGAGGGGACAAUAUCCACGCAGAAUCUUGUGAUCAAUACUGAAAAAUAUGGCUGACCCUGAAGUGAAUCCCAAGGCCUACCCUUUGGCCGACGCAACACUGACCAAAACCAUCCUGGACCUUGUGCAACAAGCGUCCAACUAUAAGCAGCUAAGGAAAGGCGCAAAUGAGGCCACUAAAACUCUGAACCGGGGGAUUGCUGAGUUUAUUGUGAUGGCAGCUGAUGCUGAACCUCUGGAGAUCAUCUUGCAUCUGCCACUGCUCUGUGAAGACAAGAAUGUGCCGUACGUUUUUGUACGCUCCAAGCAGGCCCUGGGGCGCGCGUGUGGAGUUUCAAGGCCCGUAAUCGCCACAUCUGUCACAAUUAAGGAGGGGUCCCAGCUCAAACCCCAAAUCCAGUCUGUGCAGAUGUCUAUUGAGAGACUGCUGGUUUGAUCUGUGGAUAUUAUGGCAUACUGUAUGUGAAGCUAAAAUAACUUGUGGAAGUUUUUUGUUUGUUUAAAAAUGUAUCCUCAGUUCAUGAUCCUAAUUUGAACACUGUUCAUUCCAUUGUAUUGCCAGUGUACAAUACGCUUUCAUGAUUUUGUGAUAUUAAAAUAAGGUCUUUUUAAA